AUGAAAGUCACGAAGACCAAAGCACCAGCGCGCCGUACGAGCGGACGAUUGAACACUAACUCGAAAGCUCCAGCAGCGCAGAAAAAGAGCAAGCGACAGGUGUUGGCGGACAAGACCAAUGAGCAACAAUUGAGUGAUACGGAGGAAGUGGACGAGUUUGCGCAGGAUCAGGAUGUGGUUAUGGAAAUCGAAGAUACGAUCAUAGAAGCCAAACCAGCCAAGACGAAAACCACUACCAGGAAGAAGGCCCCUGCGAAGAUAGAAAAAUCUGCAAACCAAACUUCCACUGCAGAUGCUCAGAUAACGAAGCCAAAAGGGCGCCCUGGUCGCAAGAAGGCUGCACCCAAAGAGCCAAUAAUCGAAGAGCCACUAUCAGCCGAAAAAGUCGUCUUGGAAUCGCAGCCUGUCAUGAUGGACCUAGACGAGAGCUCAACGGAGUUUAUUGAGGAAUCUGUAUCGAGGACUGCACAUAAUGGGUCUAAAGCGAGGUCAAACUCGCGGAUACGACAAGCGCCAAUUCAGAGACGGAGGGCUGGGAGUGCUUCUGAUUCUGAGAGAGGCGAUCCUAAUUUACGGCGAAAACUUGGUGACAUAACCAACAAAUAUGCCAGUCUACAUAUCAAAUAUCAGGACCUCCGGGAGAUUGGGGUGAAAGAGGCAGAACGUAAUUAUGAUCGGUUGAAGAACGAAAGCCAGGAGAAGGAGAAGAUAUUCAACAAAUUGAUUGCGUCACUAAACGCUGAUGUCGCCAAGCAAGCAGCUCUUGCGAAAGAAAGCAAAGCUCUCCAGAAGAAGCUGGAUGCAAAAAGCAAUGAGGUGUUAGCACUGCAAGCUCAAGUAACGCAAUUGACGGCGACUCUAGCAGAGACCAAAACUACGGUCAAGACGCUAGAAUCGGAUAAGAAAACCUUAACAGCGGAUUGCAAAAUACUGAAUGCCAAGUUGACUGCCAAUCGUGCAGCAGCUACAUCGAUAGAGAGCGCUACAGCUCCAAAGGUACCGGGCAGUGCGAUGAAGUCUGGGGGAGCAAUCCGAUUAAUGGGCUCUGUUGAGACAGCUCAAGCAGUACAAGCGGCGCAGUUGAAAGAGAAUCUCUUUUCUGAUCUGACUGGGCUCAUCAUCCGAGAUGUGAAGCGUGAAAAAGAAGAAGACAUCUUUGAUUGUAUACAAACCAAUCGUGAUGGCAAAACACUCCAUUUCAAACUCGAAGUCUCCACAGAGAACAACAAAGAGGCACCAUGUACCUACGUGCCUCUCUUAGAUCAUGAUCGGGACAGGGAUGUGAUGGAAUUACUCCCCUAUUAUCUCGUCGAAGAGAUCACAUUCAAACGAUGUGAUGCAGCGGGAUUCUACGCUCGCGUGGUUAAGGCUUUGACUCAGAAGCCGAACUGA